GGAAAACCGACGCUGGGUUUAUGUAACGGAAAGCGCAUUGAACCAUCAAAACCAGUCAACAACCCAACCCAACCCAACAACAACAACAACAACAACAACACCCCCUCAUCCAUCACACAAACCAUCUCACUUCCUUAACACUCUCCUCAAAUCACACAACCAACAAACAAACAAACAAACAACAUGCUCGACAAAUCCAUCUUGCUCUCAAGACCUAGACCACCAGCCAGGAAAUCAAUCUCACACAAACAGAACAACCAGCAACAACACCAACAAGAACCAGAACCAAACAACGACCAACUAAACGACUCCCCACUCAGCACGGUAGCCAGAAUACUACAGGAGAGAUCACCCGGCGGACUAGAAUUCAAAUCGAGUGACAGCUUCAUCGAUGCAUGGUCCUAUCAACAACAACAGCACCAACAUCAACAUCAACAACCAACUGAAGAAGACCAGGAACCGAAGUCUAUUACCCAUGAGUGGGUAGAAGCCAAGACGAGGGAAGAACUAGAGAGCUUACUACUGGCUGCCGAUCGAGUCAUCAGAGAACGCGAACGCGACCUCGGAAUCGCUGCCUCAAUCGGCAAAUCGUUACUCGAAAAUAAUAUCGCAUUACGUGCCAGACAGGAGAAGCUCUUGGCACAAGUCUCAGGCUCCCCACCAUCCUCACCAUCCCACCAUCCUCGCCAAUUCGAAGAUCUCACCAAUCGCUCAGAGUAUAUCGAAGCUCGUCCACCCCCAUCACCCAGUGACUCCGAUCCACAUGACCUACCAUUCGAACUAUCUCUCAACCUCACUCAGUCACCCACCAAAACCGUUCAGCGAGCUCAUCAGCCAACCCCUAGUACCGAACAGCGAGCCACCCCUGCCGCUCCAACCAACCGUUUCCCGUACUGCUUGCGUCCUAAACCUUCGCCCCGCUCCUCCAUCUCCUCCAUCUCCUCCAGUCAUCAGAGCACACGCAACUCUCAUCUCCGCCAACAGCCAGCCUCGGCCUCUCCAGCCACCUUACACCGUCUAGCCCAACAGAAUGAGUACCUCGCCGAACAGUUGGCCGAUCUUCAGGCAGAGACAGCCGAAUCUGAACUCGAAGGGCGUAAGAGGCUCCGGAAACUCGUCAAAGAACUCGAGACACUCCGUGCUGAUCUCCAGCAGACCGAAGAACGUAAUGCGCUACUCGAAGAGGAGAGACUGGCUCACCUCGAACAGCAGAAUAAUAACGUGGGUGAUAUGGUCGAUGAGAUCGUGGGUGACAUGAAACGCGUCAUGAUGGAAGAUCACGACUCGGCCCUCAAGAUGCGCACCCCAGCCAGAUCGUCAGCAAACUUCACUCAGAAUGUCGUCGCCAGCAUACCUAUUCCCGAAGAGACCUCCCCCUCCCAUUCAUCCCACUCGCCCGCCAAAUAUACUCGAUCUCACUCUUCAAGUCUCUUAUCACUCUCCCCAAGGCGCUCGACGGUCUCAAAUCUCUCUCGGUCUUCAAUCGACUUCCAGAGUAGUCCUCAAGAACGCGCCCUCGUCUCCCAGCUCUUGAACAAGAUUGCCGAACUGAAAGAGAGCCAGAACGAGUUUGACAAAGAGCGAGAGGAGAUGAAAGCCAAGCUCCGAAAGGCGAGAGAGGAGGUUGAGGAACUCCAGCUCCUUGUCGAGGAUGCCGAGUCAGAGUUACAGCAGGUCAAACAGUUGGACUGGGACGACCGACGCGGUUUGAUCGAAUGGGAUGGUCAACCGAACCUCCACCACCCGCACCAAUCCGUCCUGUCCUCGAGGAGAGCCUCUGGGAACAGGAAGAUGAUCACUCAGAGUCGAAAGGCCAAGAAACGGCAAUGGCCUGCCCCCGAACAUCAACCUGGUAGCAUUGGGAGCGAUAUCACAAUCCCCGAGUCUCACCCUUCCAUAUCCUAUGGCCAAGAACCCAGCUCACCGUCGAUGCGAGGACAGGCACUCUCUAUGGCUCGAUUGAACCUGGGUUCUGCACAGGUUUCCCCAGAAAGCCAGUUUUCCAAGUUGGGUAAAUUACGCGUCGCGUCGAAUUCUUCCUUUCAGACACUCAGUGAUGGGGAUGCAAGUAUCAGACAAGAUCAGUCAACCAGCGCGACUCCCCUGCGCACCUUACUUUCCGAGAUUGGCGGUCUAUACCCGGAAGAAUCGAGCCCGGAGGCCAGGUCCCCCAUCGUCAACGGGGCAACCCAUCACCCUGUUAAGAAGUACGGCUCGCUCGACCAGCUGGGCCCGCCACCCCCUAAGCGGAUCGUCCAAGCAAGCUACACCGAGCUCCAACGUGCAGUUGCCGAGACUCCGUUGAUGUGGGCGGAUGAGAAUCCAUCCUCAUCAUCUGGCGAGAGGCUGACGAACGAACGCAAGCGGGAUUCGACUGGCUGGCUGUACAGCAGCGCGACUCCCUACCAGCUCGAGUCUUGGUCGGCCACCAGCUCAGCAACGCUCGGGCUUAUGUCCGCCUCCCGGCCGAAGCCGCCCCUCGACUCGCUCCUCCGCCAACGUCAGCAGCUGCUCAUCCAGGGACGACCCGGUGUUCUCGGCGGCACUUACCGUCUGCGCGAAGACAGCCGUUCGUCCACCCUCUCCAGUUCGACGACUGUUGGCAGGCUCUCGCCCUCGGACCGGACGACGACUUCGAAGUCGGAGCAGUCGUCCUCAAACCGGGCCCUCCGUCGAACGAGUCGACGUCAGGAGGCGCUGCGUCGCCUAGGGAUCCCGUCCUCGACGGACAGCUGUUCGUACACGAGUGAGUACGACUCGGAGCGGGGAGAUGAGCGGGGCGAGGGCUCGUUGGGCUCAGAGGGAGAAGAAGAUGAAGAAGAAGACCGGCCGGGUCAGGAGGCCGAAUGGGAUUACAUCGAUGCGACGGACCACGACCAUCGGGUGCAAGGGUCGACGGGGACCGACUACUUCCCGAUCUCGCUCCGCGCCCGCAAUGCCCCGGCGAUGGUUGUCGGACGCCUUCAGGCCAAGAGCGCCGGGUGGGCACGUUCGUCUACCAAUGGAUGAAGCUCGUCAGUGUCGUCGGUCUCGCCGUCGGAUGGGCCGUUUGGCAAGGGCCUCGAAGCGCAAUGGAAGAGGACUACCCCUUCGCACAGAACCUCAACCAUGCCCAGAACCAUCAUCAUCAUCAUCAACUCGAAGAAAAUGAAAUCGAUGAGGAUGAUGAUGGGGUUGGGGCGGCAAAGAAGACUCGGCGAAGACUGGCGAUCGAACAUCACCCGUCUCAAACACCCCGCUCCUCGGUCUCUCGUAAAACCAGCAGCCUCGACCUCCUCCCUUCCUCCCCCACCAAUCGUACUACUCAUCGUAAUGAUGGGUCCGCUCAUCAUGGCAGUCUUGUUAUCGAUGAUCACUGUGCCAGUGGCCAGUACGACGAUAGCCCGAAAUAAUCUUUCCGCCUUUCCCUUUUAUUCUUUCUGUGAUCAAGAUCACUUCUUCUUUGGUUUUUUUUCUGAAUCAUUUUCUCACAACCUCUUUUCUUUCUCUCUACUUCACCUUUUCUUUUUCUUUUUUGCUUUCCUCCCUCUUUCCAUGCGGUUCAUUCUUCCGGACUAAGAAAAGAGACACUCCUGUCAACAUACCUCCAAUCUCGCUCGAGCGGCCUGCUCUUCUGCCUUGAUUGAACUUCCCUUAUAUAAAUAUUCUGCCGCUUCCAGACCAACGUGUUUUCUAUUCAUCCUAAGUCUCCUUGUUCCUUGUGUCUCUCGUCCUCUGAUAUGUUGUCUAUGUGUACGCGCUUCCUUAUUUAUUUAUAUAUGUGUGUGUUUGUGUAUGUCUAUAUGUACUUUGUAUUGUCAGUCCCUCUUCGACCCCAAUAUCCUUUCCACUUCUUUUUUUUCUUAUCCCCCUUUUUCACUCUUCUCUCUCUCUCUCUCUCUUGUCUAUAUUUUUUUUAUUAGUUGACGCCUCUCUUUGCUUUACGUAUACACGCCUUCCACAUAUUUAUAAUCAAUACUCAAUUGAUCCUACUACAUACUAGUCUUUUUUUUUCUUUUUCUUUUUCUUGUAUGAGAAACUUGAUUUUUUCUUUCUCAUCCACCCCCUCUCUCUCUCUCUUUAUGUGUAUGGUAGUAAAGUUGAAUUAUUAGUGACAAGCUCUAUUUUUAUUUUGGUUUUGGUUUUUGUGCUGUGAAUCUAC